AUGGCUGCUACGACAGUUAAAACGGAUCCAAUUCGAAACGAUAAAAUGAAAUUUCAUACACAAAUUGUCGAUGGAAAACCACAAAUAUUUUUUGAUGCAACUGAUGAAUCUUCAAAAAAAACGAAAUCAAAACGAAAUAGUCGAGCAACGAAUACUGCAAGUCGUCUUACAGAACAACAAAAAACAAAAAUAAAUAAUCAAAAAUCUCCAAUACAAAAUGGAACAAAUAAAUCAAGAGCUAAAACUGAACAAUCAACAAAUAAAAUACAAGUUAAUGAUGAUGGUUCAACAUUAGGAAUUUAUAUGACUAUGGAUGAAUUAACUGAACUUGUUAAAGCUGUAAAAGAAAAUUCAAAAAAUGAUAACAAAACCAAUACAGCAAACAAACAAGAACCACCCGCACCCCCACCCCCGCCCCCACCUCCACCACCACCACAACAACAACAAUAUAUUGAAACAACAGCUCCGCCAAUGGUUCCGAAAUUAGAUUUACCAUCAGAACAUCCUCCACCUCCACCAGUUCAUGGUUCACCUAGAGAACAAGUUUUAAGUAUAAUGGCUGAAAAAAAACGUCAAAAAUGGCUCCGAGAAAAAGCUGAAAUUGAACGAUUACAAUUAGAAAUUGAAUAUGAUCAACUUAAACAUCAAUUAUCACCUCGUCUUAAAAAAAAUUCUGUAUCGCCUGAACGAUCGACAUUUCAAUAUGAUUUUCCACCAACGACAACAAAUAAACCAACACCUGUACCAUCAGUUCCACAAUCAUUUAAACCAAAUGAUUAUCAACAUGAUGUUUCACCAAAAGUUACUGAAAUAGAUCCAAAUCAUGAGGCAUUUAAAACACAAUUAUUGGAAAAAAAACAACAACAAUGGAGACAAGAAAAUUCAGAAAAAGUAGCAAUUUGGAAUCCGUUUGGCCGCCCAGGUGGUGGCGCACCUAAUAUCAAUGAAAAUCAAUCGCGAACAUCUCAAUUGCCAUCAAAUACUGUCGUAUCACAUCGUCCACCAAUUCCACCACAUACUAAUAAUUCAUCGUCUUCAUUAUCACCAACACUUACUCAUAGUGAUCAAACACAUGUUCCAGCUGCAAUGCGAACAAAUUUAUUAUUUGGUGAUGUUCGUUUUGAAGAUGAUGUUAAAACAGCUAAAGAAAUCGAACGUCGCCAAUGGUUAGAAGACUUACAAAAACAAGUUGAAGAAAAUAAAAAUAAAAAAUAUUUUCAACAAGAAACUGAACGUCGACAAGAUUUUUUACAUGAAAAUAUUCGACCACUUGUACAAGAAGCUGCUCAUAGACAUCAACAACAAACAAAUCAUAAUGGACAAGAUUUAAAUAGAUUUAAUCAACAUGAUUCACUAGUACAACAAAAUUUUGAAACAAAUGAAUCAACUAAAUAUGAUAAAAGAGCUCAAUUAGUUGAGAAACUUAAACGUAAUGGAUAUCCAAUAGAUUCAUUAACUAAAACAACUUCCGAUAUGAGAUCAACUGGUACAGUAUCAAAUCAAAAAACAGGUGAAAAAAUUUUCGGUCCAAAUUAUGAUUCACCAUCAGGACAAAAUAUGAAUAAUAAAAUUGAACCAUUACAUUUAAAUGUUGCUAUCGAUCGACAUCAAGUUUAUCGACCAACAGAUGCCCGUCGAGAUGAAGCUGUUAAUACAGUUGAUUCAACUUUUCGAAGUGAUCAUGGUGUUCAAACUGAUCUUCGAUUAGUAUUACCAAAUCGACCAACAAAUUCACAUGCUUAUGAAGAAUCUGAUUUACCUCCACAAGUUCCAAAUCAUCAUUAUCGUAAUGCAGGUUAUCGUAAUAUUCCAAAUCAACCAGGUAAAAAAAAUUCUCGUAUGCAUUCACUUGAUGAUAAUCAUUCAUCACGACGUACAUCAUCAAUUAAUCAAACAAAUUCAAAUGAUGAUGAUACAAUGUCACAAAUAAGUAAUCAACGUAGUUCUCAAGGUCCAAUUGAUAUUCAUCAUCGUCCAUUAUGGAAUUAUAAUAAUCCUAAACAUCGUGAAUAUGUUCCUAAUUCAAAACGUGAUCCACAUUAUGAAGAACGACAACGUCUUAAACAUUUUCAACAAGGAAAUUUUGAUCGUAUUGAUGAUGUACAAAAAAAGAUAUGUUAUAAUCGUUGGAAUAGUGACAGUGAAUUACAACAACAACAAAAAAAAUCCAUACCAACAAAUCGUAUACGUUCAACAAUAUCAAAAACAUCAACAAAUGGAAAUCAUAAAGAUGAAAGUAUUAUGAAUUUACUUAAACUACAAAAUAAAUAUCAACAAGACACAUUUGGUACAAGAAAACCAUCAUCAAUGCAAACAAAAAAUGAUGAAGAUUUUAAUUCUAAUCGUGGAUCAUCAUUAGAUAAAUAUGAAAGUUAUAUACCACAUACAAGAAAUGAUGAAAUAAUUGAUCGAACUAAAAUAAAUUCACCAUUAUCACAAUCAAGAGAAACAUCACCACAUAAAGAAUUAAUGGAAAAUAAUACAAAUGAUAAUUAUCGUCAGCAACGAGAAUGGGAUAAUACAAAUAAACAAUAUCCAAAUGUUGAGCCACCACAAUAUAAUCCACCACAAUAUAAUCCGCCACAAUAUAAUCAACCACAAUAUAAUCAACCACAAUCCAGAGAAGAACAUAUUCUACAACAAUUAUCAGCUAUUAAAGAAAAUUUGGUUCGUCGACAACGAGAACUUGCUACUUAA